AUGCUGUCUCACGCCGACCUCCUGGACGCCAGGCUAGGUAUGAAAGAUGCCGCCGAGCUGCUGGGCCACCGGGAGGCGGUGAAGUGUAGGCUGGGCGUGGGAGGCUCUGACCCCGGGGGCCAUCCAGGGGACCUGGCGCCCAACUCCGACCCAGUGGAGGGAGCCACUCUGCUACCUGGGGAGGAUAUCACCACAGUGGGCUCUACCCCGGCUUCGCUGGCGGUGAGCGCCAAAGACCCCGACAAACAGCCCGGGCCCCAGGGCGGCCCGAACCCCAGCCAAGCCGGCCAGCAGCAGGGCCAACAGAAGCAGAAGCGCCACCGGACGCGCUUCACUCCUGCACAGCUCAACGAGUUGGAGAGGAGCUUCGCCAAGACUCACUAUCCUGACAUCUUCAUGCGUGAGGAGCUGGCGCUGCGUAUCGGGUUGACUGAAUCCCGAGUGCAGGUCUGGUUCCAGAAUCGGCGCGCCAAGUGGAAGAAGCGCAAGAAGACAACCAACGUGUUCCGCGCACCGGGCACCCUGUUGCCCACCCCAGGCCUGCCUCAGUUCCCGUCAGCCGCCGCCGCCGCUGCAGCUGCCAUGGGCGACAGCCUGUGCUCUUUCCAUGCCAACGACACCCGCUGGGCGGCGGCCGCCAUGCCGGGAGUGUCACAGCUGCCGCUGCCGCCGGCGCUGGGUAGGCAGCAGGCCAUGGCGCAGUCGCUGUCCCAGUGCAGCCUGGCGGCCGGGCCGCCGCCCAACUCCAUGGGCCUGUCCAACAGCCUGGCGGGCUCCAACGGCGCUGGGCUGCAGUCGCACCUCUACCAGCCCGCCUUCCCCGGCAUGGUGCCCGCCUCCCUCCCCGGCCCCAGCAAUGUCUCCGGUUCGCCCCAGCUCUGCAGCUCCCCGGACAGCAGCGAUGUGUGGCGGGGCACGAGCAUCGCCUCCCUCCGCCGCAAGGCGCUAGAGCACACAGUCUCCAUGAGCUUCACUUAA